AACCAAAAGGGAAAAAGUUAAAAAAACGAAAGAAGAGGAAAUAAUAAUAAUAAUAUCAGGGCAACAAAACCGACUCGGGUCACUCACACAAGACGAGAGUCAAGAGGCAGAGCUUGUACUAUAGCUGGUUCGGCGAUGGAUGCAAAGCCACAGCCGAGUUCUUCCCACCAUUUCCUUCACUGCCUCCUUUGACCCCUCUCCCCUUCCUUCCUUAACAUAACAAACUUACCCAAACAACCAAACCCCGCCAUUUCCACCACCGUUUUUAACAAUGCCCAAAUUCCAUCUCCAAUUCAAAAACUCCCUCCCCGACUACCAACCUUACCUCCCUUUUCCCUCUAACUCUAAUUUACUCGUCCCCGGUGGUUUAUUCAUCGAUCCUUGUUUCCCCUCUUCCCUUCUUGACUUGGUUUCCCCUUUUAAAGGUUCUCCCCCUUCCAAAAACACGGCUUGCGUUUCUCGGAGGCAAAAGCGUGAGUCGGUCGCCGUUAAGGACUUGUUUUUUCUGUCCGUUAGCUUGAGCAGCGAUGGGCUUGUUUCAGAACACAAGGAAUGUCAGCUACAAAAUGAAUUAAACAAGAAAAACAAGGGGGCUGUAGCUCAAGUCCAACAGAAAGUUAGGGUAACGCGACGUGGCGCACUCAAUACUACAAAGCAUUUGUGGGCUGGGGCUAUCGCCGCCAUGGUUUCCAGAACAUUUGUUGCUCCGUUAGAGAGAUUAAAGCUGGAAUAUAUAGUUCGUGGUGAACAAAGGAAUAUAUUUGAGCUUGUUAAGAAGAUUGCUUUGACGCAAGGAUUACUUGGAUUUUGGAAAGGGAACUUAAUUAAUGUUCUUCGCACGGCUCCAUUCAAAGCUGUGAAUUUUUAUGCUUACGAUACGUAUAGGAAACAGUUGCUUAGACUGUCUGGAAAUGAGGAGACAACAAAUUCUGAGAGGUUCAUUGCUGGUGCUGCUGCCGGCAUUACCGCUACCGUUCUCUGCUUACCACUUGAUACUAUCCGAACUAAGCUGGUGGCUCCUGGUGGAGAAGCCUUAGGUGGUGUAAUUGGUGCUUUUCGCCACAUGAUCCAAACUGAAGGAUUCUUUUCUCUCUACAGAGGUCUAGUGCCCUCUAUUGUAAGCAUGGCACCUUCAGCUGCAGUAUUCUACAGUGUGUAUGAUAUGCUGAAAUCAGCUUAUUUGCACUCCCCGGAAGGUAGGAAAAGAAUUCAGAACAUGAGACAGAUGGGGCAGGAUCUGAAUGCUUUGGAUCAGCUAGAGUUGGGACCAGUGAGGACAUUACUAUAUGGGGCUAUUGCUGGUGCUUGUGCCGAAGUUGCUACUUACCCAUUUGAGGUUGUGAGAAGACAGUUGCAAUUGCAAGUCCAGGCAAGCAAAAUGGGCGCACUGGCAACUGGUCUGAAGAUUGUUGAGCAAGGAGGAAUUCCUGCUCUCUAUGCUGGGCUAAUUCCCAGCUUGCUACAAGUCCUUCCUUCUGCUUCAAUCAGUUAUUUUGUUUACGAGUUUAUGAAGAUUGUUCUCAAAGUGAAUUGAAGAGAGACAAAGGAUCCUCUCAGGAAAAGGAUUGGUAGGAUGUUGUAGAUUGACUAUAAAAUGAUCAGAGCACAAAGGUUCAGAGUGGUAAGUAUUAGUCAUUUAAACUUAACAGUUAUCAAUUUAUCAUUGAUGUUCUUCACAUAUUUUUUUUACUUGACAAGAGAGAAAACCUUUAUUGACAUCUUAAAUCCUUUUCUUGAUUGAUAGACCCACCAUCCAAUUGUUGAUUGAACUGACUUCCAUAGUUUCGAUGCUUGCUUUUAUUUAUGCUGUUUUCUGACGCUUUAUGGUGCUUAAGAUCCGGAGCUCAGUACUGCAUUUAAGAAUUUUCUAGGGGACCUUGGGUGGUUGAAGAACGGGGAGGGGAUGUAUGAUAUAAGCCUUUAUGAAUGACGUGCAGUUGAUACUUCCAAAUUAUUUGGAACUUUUGAUAAGAAGGAUUCAACUAUUUGUCACCAUCUUUGCGCAAAAAGACGGAAUAACCUCAUGUCAAUUCACUGAAAUGUGCUUGUAUUUCAUCUAAAUGAACGUUCUCAGCUUAAAAUGAACUCUCUAGUAGUCAAUAUUGACAUUUGUAAGGGGUUUUUUUGGUUAAAUGAGGAAACCUUACAAAUCAAUAAAGCAGAGAUCGAAGUAGAUUUUGGAA